UCAAAUUACCCUGCCUUUCUGCCGGAUAUGGCUGUGUCGGCGCUGUUUCUGCUGAUCGUCAGCGUCACAUUGACGUUUGCGGUAGAUCCUCAGGGAUGCACAUAUGAUUCGUCUAAAACAGAAUACAGCUGCAGCGCCCGUAGCUGGUCGCUCCCCCUGGUGUACUCGGACUUCGACAACAUACCACAGGUGCUGAAGCUGGUCGAUAUUGAUGGAUCACUUUCUUACACAGGACCCGCGACAUUUUCCGGAUUCGAAAACAUUAAUACGGCAUUGUUCGAUGGUAACCUCGUACCCGCUCUCCACCUCCGGUGUAUCGGUGGUGGGUCGCUCAUCGUCUAUAAUGGGACCUUUGACAAUAUGGGAUGGGUGAAGGAAUUGCGAAUCUUCGAUUGUAUGAUCCUCUCGCUCCCCGACGAUGUCUUCAGCAGCUUCGGAACCCUCAAUUACUUCAGUAUUGAUGGUGGGUCUAUCAGUAGCAUGGGCUUCAACUGCUUUAAUGGAGUCAAUAUAGAAAGAAUGGACAGCGUCCCGGAACCAUUAGGGAUGCUUGCUCUUCGGAACACCCAGAUAACGUCUGGUGGUCUUCCGAAUGGCGUAUUAUAUUCGUUGGUGAAUGUAUCUACAAUUAUCCUAGACAACACCCACAUGCGAGUUGUACAGAAGGACAUGUUCCAGGCAUCGACCAAGGCGACUCACAUCUCGAUGAAGAACAACCCCUUCAUCUCUCUCCCCGUGGACAUGUUCGAGAAGACCACCUCCCUGACAACGCUUGAAUUGACCGGGAUAGAUUGGGUCUGCACGUGCCCUAAUCUGUGGAUCUGGACUCACCUCACCACGUACAACGUCUCCCUAGUCGGGGACAUCGUCUGUUCCAGCCCCACCGCCAAUUUAAGAGCCGCCGAGUACUACAAGACCGAAUGUGACGACUCAACGCCUUGUGGAGACGAAACAGGUAUUGUCAUUGGUAGUUACUGUUACUUGAUAGGCGAUAUCACAUUCCAUGGAGUACUAUUGAUAACGUUUAUCAUCGCUCUGGUAGCCUUCGCCAUGACAGUUCACCUCAAACGACAGACGGCCGACCGGAAACCAGGAGACAAACCCCGUGGCAAACGGAAGGCGAGUGGGUCUCAAUGGAAAAAAGUAGGGGGACCAAAGAAAGGCGAGUCGAUGGCCUAACGCAGGCAAGCGUCACUUUAGUAUAAACUGUCAAGUGUUCUUAUGGACUCGAGGAGUUGUGCGCAAUUGAACGUUUUCGAAUGUAUUUAAGUUAAAUUAAAGCAUUAAUUAAGAUUCUUGCGAUUAACACAGCUACUCAGUUUUGUAAUAAAAUAUGUGUGUGAAAUGGA